GUCACAAGGCCACGCCCACAUGCCUGGAUCCUGGAAGGAACUCGGCGCUUGUUCAUUGAAUAAGAAGCUGCUUGAGGCUGGAAAGAAACUAAAGGACUGCAGAUUAUGCGCUUUUAAUUACACUGACAAAAUCUUAUACAUCCUUUAUCAUUAUUAUUAUUAUUUGUGGGGCGGAAGAUCUGACGUGGAUUACACGUUUUGGUAACGUGACACUGAGGCGGUGCGGUUAUACCUGUUGUACCUGAUGCUGCUGCGCAUCCCGACUCCUUCAGACUGCACCUGACUGCUACGUCCUUUUUCUUUUCGUUUUUAUCAUUCAUCAUGAAGGCUCUGAUCCUUGUCGGAGGCUAUGGCACGAGGUUACGGCCCCUCACGCUCAGCGUGCCCAAGCCGCUGGUGGAGUUCUGCAACAAACCCAUCCUGCUCCACCAGGUCGAAGCCUUGGUCAAGGUCGGAGUCCAGCAUGUCAUUCUGGCUGUCAGCUAUAUGUCCGAUCUUCUAGAAAGAGAGAUGAAGGCACAGGCGCAGAGACUCGGAAUAAAAAUCUCCCUUUCACACGAGAAGGAGCCGCUCGGGACAGCCGGACCUCUCGCUUUGGCUCGUGACCUACUGACGGACAGCGACGAGCCAUUUUUUGUCCUCAACAGCGAUGUAAUCUGCGACUUCCCCUUCGAGGACCUGCUUAAGUUCCACAAGAAUCACGGCAAAGAGGGCACCAUUGUCGUAACUAAAGUGGAGGAGCCGUCGAAGUACGGCGUGGUGGUGUUUGAGGGAGAGACCGGCUGCAUUCACCGCUUCGUCGAAAAACCUCAGGUGUUCGUCUCUAACAAGAUCAACGCUGGGAUGUACGUCUUCAACCCCAGCAUGCUGAGGAGGAUACAGUUGCGACCCACCUCAAUUGAGAAGGAGAUUUUUCCGGUUAUGGCUGAGAAUGGACAGCUUUAUGCCAUGGAGCUUCAAGGGUUCUGGAUGGACAUUGGUCAGCCUAAAGACUUCCUGACCGGCAUGUGCAUGUACCUUCAGUCUGUCAGACAGAACGCCCCCGAGAGGCUCCGCACUGGACCAGGCUUUGUCGGCAACGUGUUAGUGGACCCGACGGCGGUAAUCGGCAAGAACUGCACAAUUGGGCCCAACGUUACCAUCGGCGCCAAUGUGGUGCUGGAGGACGGAGUGAGGAUCAAACGCUGCACUGUGCUGAGGGGAGCUCACAUCCGCUCACACUCCUGGCUCGAGUCAUGCAUCGUGGGCUGGAGCUCUUCUGUAGGACAGUGGGUGCGAAUGGAGAACGUGACCGUUUUGGGCGAGGAUGUGAUCGUCAGCGACGAGCUCUACAUCAACGGUGCUAACGUUCUGCCCCACAAGUCCAUCACAGACUCUGUGCCUGAGCCUCGCAUCAUCAUGUAGAAAUCGCACACGUACUUUUGAGUGUGUAUCAGAAAAGCACUAGCGGGUUUGGGGCGUCACUUGAAAUUUUAGGAGGGUUAUGUAAAAUUCAAAUCUGUGUAAGUAUGGUAAAGGAUGCGUUUAUAUGUCGAGAUGAAGGUUUAUCUAGAGUUCUUCUAGAUCGGGUAUAUGAUUAAAGGCAUAUAGGAUUACAUGAACAGGUUGGGUCAGUUGUCACAUUGCCUUAAAAAAAAAAAAAGGGAGAGGUGGUGUCCCUUAUGCAAUUUAUUUCUUCAUUUUGUCUUUUUCUUACGAUGUUUUGGGAUGUAAUAGGCUUGUCUUUAAGGUUUAUGGUAUGGGAUCUUGCAUACGUACAUAUACUGCACAAUGAGGUGAGUAAACAUAGAAUUUAGUAUCCACAUAACCCAGGUUGAAGGAAUACUGAGCCUAAUCUCAGUUCUGAUUUUUCCUUGUAUUAUAAAGAGAACAGAAAUCUAUAAUUCACGUCUAAGAUAAGUACGUGUCUAGACUGUGUGGUAAAAGUAUGUGGACACCCAAGAUUUAAACACCCCAAUCCAAAACUGUAUGCAUCAGUAUUCCCCCCCUUUACUGUUAUUAUAUCAUUCUUCUGUGAAUGGUUUCCACUAGAAUUCAGAACAUGGAUUUGUGAGAUCAAGCACUGGUGUUGAGCGAGGAGGUCUUGGUGGGUGUAUAUAAGUGUUUCAGUUCAUCCUCAUGGUCUUCAGUGAGUUUUUCCACACUACCCUUGGAACACUGUGUGUUCAUUGAGCUUACAUUGUGCACAGGGGCUUUGUCGUGAAGGAACAAUUCUAGGUCAUUGAAACCCAUGGAAAUUGUAAUGCUUACAGCUUACUAAGACAUCCGAUGAUUAUGUGCUUCUAACUUUGUGGCAACAGUUUAAGGAACAUGAGGGUUGGUCAGGUGUCCACCUACAUUUGGUUAUAUAAUGCAUGAGAGACGCUUCUGUCAUUGAAGCUAUAAAGAUAAACGAAGAUAAUUCAGGUUACUUGCCUGCUUGUAGAGAGUCAAGAAAUGUUCAAUAAAGAUAUAAAGUAUUCCUUUAACAUGGAAAAAGAGCAGCAGAGGAAUUUACUGCGAGCUGAAAAUGAAAUUGAUGCUGCUAUGUCAGCAGAGCCCAUCACUGUUCGCUCAUUCUUGUUCUAAAUCAUGUAAGCAUUCUAUGUUGUGUAGAACAUGAACAAAUACAGGAAUGGGUCGAGUUAAUGUGAACUGACAAUGAAGUAUUCGAGUGCUACCACUAAAAUGUCAGCCCGGGUAAUAUGUACACUUUUAAUUGUCCUUUUUAAAAAAAUAAAAAUAAUUAAUAUAAACUAUA